AUGGCGGGGUUCACAGAUGCACCAGAGUCGUCUACCAAGCUAUAUCACCCACUCCAGGAUGCGGCAUCAUCGGGUUCUGGUGUUGAUGAGCAUCUAAACUGGGGAAUUCGCCUCCUUUUACUCUUACCAGGCGACCGAGAUUCUACGAUUCAAUGUAGUCUAUCGGUUUCGACGAUAGGAGAUAGUCUGGGGGCUUAUGAAGCCCUAUCUUACGUUUGGGGCGCACCCGCGACUACAGACACCGUUAUCCUUGAUGGACGACCCGUACUUGUUACUCGAAACCUCCAAUGCGCAUUACAGUGCCUCCGUUGCAAGACAUCAGCUAGAGUCUUGUGGGUUGACGCGCUUUGUAUUGAUCAAACGAGUACGGAGGAUAAAAGCCUCCAAGUCCCGCGUAUGUGGGCGGUGUUUACCUUUUGUCAGAAGGCUCUAAUAUUUCUGGGCAAUGAAUCAGAUGACAGCGACCGAGCGCUGAAUCUCUUACAGAAGAUCUCGGAACUGCCUUCAGGAAUAUGUUGUUGCAACGAAAGUCCAGUUCCUAUGUGGCGCGUGCAUUUUACAAGGCGAGGAGUUUUCCAAAGCAUUCAGUCUUCUUAG